UUGUCUGCACGGUGCUGACGCCAUUCAAUCAACCAGAGCGCAGGAGGCGGUCCUACCAUAGCACGAGGUUAGGUUGACUUACUCAGGAUGUGAGUUUGCCCCGCGUGGAUGGAUGGUUGAAAUGUGGCACAUCUCUGACAAACAUAAUUCAUCGUAGCUGGAUAAUUUUCCCACUCCUGCCAUGACUUACGAAGGAAACGUUUAGCUCUCAAAGACAUGGAGGGACAUGAAGAGGAGAGACUAUGUGGGAAAUGGAGAGUAGCCUGUGGUCUGUACAGUUACAACUUAAGGGAUGUCUUCACAUGGCGCCUGCUGAAGACCAUAGUCAUGGGGCAGAUCCUGUCCCUGCUGAUCUGUGGGACAGCAGUGAGCUGUCAGUACCUGGCCGAGUACAAGGUGGAGACACCCAUGCUGCAGAGCUUCCUCAACUACACCCUGCUGCUGCUCGUCUAUACGACCAUCCUCUGCACCCGAAAAGGUGACAGGAACAUCCUGCAGAUUUUAAAAAACAAGUGGUGGAAGUAUUUGGUGAUGGGUCUGGCAGAUGUGGAGGCAAACUAUGCAGUUGUGAAGGCCUACCAGUUUACCACCCUGACAAGUAUACAGCUGCUGGACUGCUUUGUGAUCCCAGUGCUGAUGGUGCUUUCCUGGUUCUUCCUGAAGACCCGCUACAAGCUGGUCCACUUUGUAGCCGUGAUGGUGUGUUUGUUGGGAGUAGGGGCCAUGGUAGGAGCUGACAUUCUGGCUGGGAGAAACCAGGGAUCCACCAGCGAUGUCAUGUUGGGAGAUGGGCUGGUCCUGCUCAGUGCUGUCCUCUAUGCUGUAUCCAAUGUGUGCCAGGAGCACACGGUGAAGAACUUGAGCCGAAUCGAGUUCCUGGGCAUGAUGGGACUUUUUGGAACCCUCAUCAGUGGCAUUCAGCUAGCUGUUCUGGAAACGCGAGCAGUAGCUGCAAUAGAGUGGAAAUUUCACAUUUGCAUGCUGUUUGCAAUGUACGUCCUGUGUAUGUAUGCACUGUACAGCUUCAUGCCUGUAGUGGUGAGGAUGACCAGUGCUACUGCAGUCAACCUCUCUCUGCUCACUGCCGACCUCUUCAGCCUCUUCUGCGGCCUUUUCCUCUUCCGCUACACAUUCUCAACCCUGUACAUCAUCUCGUUUGUCGUCAUCACUUUGGGCUUUGUCAUGUUCAACGCCGUUCCCACAUACUCUGCUUUACCGGAGUCCGGCUCCAGCGAUGGCGACCCCGCUGAAGCGUCUGCUGAUCCAACAGCUGAGAGCUCGUCAGAUCACCUCCUGUCAGCAGACAGAGAAACUCAGAGAACUGAGACGCUCACUGCCGUUGCUGCACUUUGAAACUGACUAAAGGUCUUUCUGUUUUGAGAAAGGCUCUCUGUUUUAUGCUGUUACACUGGUAUGCAUUUUGUUGUACGGUACCAGGUAGUUAACUUGUUUUUUUAAAUGCAGUUUUAUGACUUGAGGUAUUGUUCAUUCCCGUUUUAUGUUGCGUAAUUUUUUAAACAAUGGUCAAAUAUCUUGUUACUCCAUCUGCACUAACACAAACAAUUCCUAAAUGACUGCUAUUUAUUGUCCCAAAACUGAUCAGUUACUUGUCAAUCCUUUCUCCUUUUUUUUUUAUUUUUUUUUUUAGAUUAAUAUAUUGUGUAAUGUGUUUUUAACCACUGUAUUAUGUCAUUGUUUUGAAUUUGAACUCAAACCAAUCAAAACGUUGUAUUCUACUUUUGUUGCCUAUGGUGCUGUUACAAAUUUCAUUUGGUAAAUUUACCAAAUAUACUGUAAAUCACGUGGCUUUCUUUGCCUUAUAUUGCCAAAAGUACAGCAUGUUAACAUGCAGCAGGAGUGUUUACUUUUUUACUAUUAAAUUAAUUUUAUAUUCUC